AUGGCCAGGGCGCGCGGCGGCGGCGGCGGCGGCUUCCCCCGGGCGCUGCCGCUGCUGCUGCUGCUGCCGGUGCUGCCCCGCGCCGCCGCCGAGCAGGUUGUCCUGCUGGACUCGAAGGAAUCGCAAGCAGAGCUGGGCUGGACCUCGCACCCAUCCAACGGGUGGGAAGAAAUCAGCGGGGUGGAUGAGAACUACAAGCCGAUCCGCACCUACCAGGUCUGCAACGUCAUGGAGCCCAACCAGAACAACUGGCUGCAGACGGGCUGGAUCGCCAGGCGAGACGGCCAGAGGAUCUUCAUCGAGCUGAAGUUCACCCUGCGGGACUGCAACAGCAUCCCGGGCGUGAUGGGCACCUGCAAGGAGACCUUCAAUCUGUAUUACGUCGAGUCCGACUCCGACCUGGGCCGUAGCAUCCACGAGAGCAAGCACACAAAGAUUGACACCAUCGCUGCGGAUGAGAGCUUCACGCAGGGGGACCUGGGUGAGCGUAAGAUGAAGCUGAACACGGAGCUGCGGGAGAUCGGCCACCUGAGCAAGCAAGGCUUCCACCUGGGCUUCCAGGACGUGGGCGCCUGCGUGGCGCUCGUCUCCGUGCGGGUCUAUUACAAGAAGUGCCUCGCCACCCUGCAGAACCUGGCGCUCUUUCCGGACACGGUGGCAGAGACGGCCUUCGCCACGCUGGUGGAAGUUAAGGGCGCUUGCGUGGAGCACGCCCAGGUGGACGUGGAUAACCCCCCGCGGAUGCACUGCAGCGCCGAGGGAGAGUGGCUGGUCCCCAUCGGGAAGUGCGUGUGCGGCCCCGGCUUCGAGGAGAGGGACGGGAGGUGCAGAGCGUGCCUUCCCGGGUUUUACAAGCUUUCGCUCCGUCUUCCUCUCUGCUCUCCUUGCCCUGAGCACAGCUUCACACACGAGGAAGCCUCCACGUUCUGCUCGUGCCAGAAGAACUACUCCAGGUCCCCAUCAGACCCUCCAUCUGCCUCCUGCACGCGUCCUCCAUCGGCCCCGAGGGACCUCGUCUACAGCCUGCGGCGUUCCUCGCUGGUCCUGCAGUGGAGUGCCCCCGCGGAUGCAGGCGGCCGCAGCGACCUGACCUACAGCCUGUGGUGCGGUCGCUGCCCGGCGGCACGGGGCGGCUGCGAGCAGUGCGGCAGCGGCGUGGGCUUCGUGCCGCAGCAGACGGGCCUGGUGGAGCGCACCGUGACGCUGGUGAACCUGCUGCCUCACGCCAACUACACCAUCCGUGUGGCGGCCCUCAACGGCGUCUCGGCCGUCAGUCCCCUGGCGGGGCAGCAGUACGCCGAGGUCAACGUCUCCACUGGUCUCGCAGCGCCAACUCCCGUCACCGACAUCCGCACGGAUAAAAUCGAGCAGAAGAGCAUCUCCUUGUCGUGGCAGGAGCCAGGCUUCCCAACCACCAACAGCACCGAGUACGAGGUCAAGUACUACGAGAAGGAUCAAAGGGAUCAGAGUUACUCGACCGUGAAAACCACAUCAACGGCUGUGACAGUCAAUAACCUGAAGCCUGGCACCCUCUAUAUCUUCCAAAUCCGGACGUCUUCCUCGCAGGACUACGGCAACUACAGCCCUAGUAUCGAAGUGGAGACGCUGGCAGAGCUGACGGCGGCCUCCAGCGAGCAGAACCCCGUCCUCAUCAUCGCCGUGGUGGCCAUCGCGGGGCUGACGGUGCUGGUGUCCAUGGUCAUCGGUGUGAUGGUCUGGAGGAGACAGUGUGGGUACAGCAAAGCCAGCCAGGACGGGGACGAGGAGCUCUACUUCCACUUUAAAAUACCCACCAGGCGGACGUACAUCGACCCUGACACGUGCGAAGACCCCAUGCAGGCCGUGCACCUCUUUGCCAAAGAGCUGGAUAAUGCCAGCAUUAAGAUCGAGAGGAUCAUCGGGACAGGGGAGUUCGGCGAGAUCUGCCGGGGCUGCCUGAAGCUGCCCAGCAAGCGGGAGCUGCCGGUGGCCAUCCAGACCCUGCGGGCUGGGUGCUCGGCGAAGCAGCAGCGCUGCUUCCUGGCCGAGGCGUGCACCAUGGGCCAGUUCGACCACACCAACGUCAUCCGGCUGGAGGGGGUCAUCACCAGAGGGAACACCAUGAUGAUAGUGAUGGAGUACAUGGGGAACGGAGUGCUGGACUCUUUCCUCAGGAAACAUGAGGGACAGUUCACAUCCACCCAGCUCAUCAGCAUGUUGCAGGGGAUUGCCUCUGGCAUGAAGUACCUGGCAGAGAUGGGUUACAUACAUAAAAGCCUGGCUGCCCACAAGGUCCUUGUGAACAGCAGCCUGGCAUGCAAAAUAACGGGUUUCAGGCAGCCGCAAGAAGAUAAGAUGGAGACCAUCUUCACCACCAUGCAUGGGAAGAGCCUGGUGCUGUGGUCAGCCCCCGAAGCCAUCCAGUAUCACCACUUUAGCCCGGCCAGCGACGUGUGGAGCUUCGGCAUCGUCAUGUGGGAAGUCAUGUCCUACGGCGAGAGACCCUACUGGGACAUGUCCCACCAGGAUGUGAUGAAGGCGGUGGAGGACGGCUUUCGCCUGCCGGCCCCGGCAAACUGCCAGCCUCCCCUGCACCAGCUCAUGCUCGACUGCUGGCAGAAGGACCGCAGUCAGCGCCCCAAGUUCUCGCACAUCCACGACGUCCUCAGCAAGAUGGUGCAGAGCCCGCAGCCCCCGCCGUGCACCAGGUCCCGCGGUGCCGCCGUGCCCCUGGCCGAGCGCUCCUUCGCAGCCUUCCCGGCCUUCAGCUCGGUGGGAGAGUGGCUGGAAGCGAUAGAAAUGGGCAGGUACCGGGAUAACUUCACCGCCGCGGGCUACUGCUACCUGGAGUCCGUGGCCAGGAUGACGGCGCAAGAUGUCCUGAGCCUGGGGAUCACGCUGGCGGAGCACCAAAAGACCAUCCUGAGCGGCAUCCAGACCCUGCGGGCCCAGGUGAUCCAGAUGCACGGCCGGGGCGUGCAGGUGUGACGGAGCACGGAGCACCGGAGCGGGAGGAGGCGCCAGCCAUGUGCUGGCCCCAAACCGGACCAAAUCUCUGAAACCUCACAGUUUCAGCCACAUCCCUUCCGCUCCAAGAGUCACCUCGCUGAGUCUUGACACCACUGUUGGUGAACAAAAACAAAUGUUCU